AUGAAAUUAGGUAGUAAUGCAAUGUACAAAAAGCACUCUUCUGUCGUGGGUAGCCUUAUAUAUGCAAUGGUUUGUACAAGGCCAGAUAUUGGCUAUGAUGUAGGAGUUGUGAGCAGAUUCAUGUCAAAUCCAGGAAAGGAGCAUUGGGAAGCUGUUAAGUGGAUACUAAGAACUCAUGCCAAUGAGUUGGAUAAACUUACACCUGUUGAGGAAUAUGCAUGCCCAAUAUCUUUAAGAUUGAUGUAUGACCCUGUUGUCAUUGCUUCAGGAGAAACAUAUGAAAGGAUGUGGAUACAAGGUUGGUUUGAUGAGGGUAAUACUAUAUGCCCAAAAACCAAAAAGAAACUGUAUCAUAUGGCAUUGACUCCAAAUAUUGUCUUCGAGGACCUAAUAUUAAAGUGGUGUGAAACUAAUGGAGUCUCCAUUCCUGACCCGAGGUCAGCUGAACAGGAAUGGAGCUACCUUAGGGGUGGCCUUACAACUAUUGAUCGUGACUAUGGAUGGAUCAAUAACAUUCACCAUGACAUUGGAACCAUGUCAUUCAUUACCUUUUCCCUCAAAUACCACACUAUCACUUAA